CAAUAAACAACAGAAAAAAGCCACCAUAAAAAUAGAUGAACACAAUUCAACAACAUUCAUAUUCAUUCAUAUAUAUUGUGUAGUCAUUUCAUUUUUAGUUAAUAGUCAGUCAUCCAUGCAGUUGUAUAAGUAUUUCCUUCUUUCACUUUUAAUGACUCUCUCCCUUCAAUUCUCAACUACUACUCACCUCCCCUUUAACUUCUUCACAUCCUCCCACUACUAAUUAACUCCUCUCUCCUUCUCUCUCUACCAAACUCUUCUUAGUUUUCUCUCUCUAGAUCUUUUUACAAGAAGAAAAGAUGAGUAUAGAAUUACACGAAACACCGCGAAUUUACAGUAUAGAGGAAGAAAUGAGUAGGAAAACAAAGGAAGAAGAUGAAGAAAUGAAGAACAAGAAAACAAAAAGUGUUCCAUUUUUCAAGCUGUUUACUUUUGCUGAUUCUUAUGAUGUUUUGUUAAUGGUUCUUGGUUCAAUUGGUGCUAUUGCUCAUGGUGCUUCUGUGCCUGUUUUCUUUAUCUUCUUUGGGAAGUUGAUUAAUCUUAUUGGUGUUGCUUACCUCUUCCCUAAAGAAACUUCUACUCAAGUUGCCAAGUAUUCUUUGGACUUUGUUUACCUUAGUGUGGUUAUAUUGUUCUCUUCAUGGGUUGAGGUGGCAUGUUGGAUGCAAACUGGAGAGAGACAAGCAGCAAAAAUGAGGAUGGCAUAUCUGAGGUCCAUGUUGAAUCAAGAUAUAACUCUAUUUGAUACAGAAGCUUCCACAGGAGAAGUUAUUAAUGCAAUUACUAGUGAUAUUCUUGUAGUUCAGGAUGCCAUUUCUGAAAAGGUUGGGAAGAUAUUGCAUUAUAUAAGCAGGUUUAUAGCAGGAUUUGCAAUUGGGUUUGCAAGAGUAUGGCAAAUCAGUCUCAUCACUCUCUCCAUUGUCCCUGCUAUCGCUUUCGCCGGCGGCACCUACGCUUAUGUCGCCACCGGUCUAAUUGCUCGGGUUCGUAAAUCCUAUGUUAAAGCUGGUGAAAUUGCUGAAGAGGUAAUUGCAAAUGUGAGGACAGUCCAAGCCUUUGUUGGAGAGGAAAAGGCAGUGAAGUCCUAUAAAUUGGCUCUUUUGAACACGUACAAAUAUGGGAAGAAAGGAGGAAUUGCCAAAGGCUUGGGUAUGGGUGCCUUGCACUGUGUGCUAUUUCUUUCUUGGGCUUUGCUUGUUUGGUAUACUAGCAUCGUUGUUCACAAGGGUACAGCUAAUGGAGGGGAGUCUUUCACCACUAUGCUCAAUGUUGUCAUUGCUGGCCUAUCACUGGGGCAAGCAGCGCCAGAUAUUUCUGCAUUUCUCCGAGCUAGGGUAGCUGCCUAUCCAAUAUUUGAGAUGAUAGAGAGAACCACAGUUAGCAAAGUAAGCUCAAGGAGUGGAAGGAAACUGAAUAAAGUGGACGGCCACAUUGAAUUCAAGGAUGUAUAUUUUAGCUACCCUUCCCGUCCAGAAGCAAAAAUCUUUGAUAAGUUUGGCCUGGAUAUUCCAGCUGGAAAGAUUGUUGCCCUUGUAGGUGGAAGUGGAUCUGGCAAGAGUACAGUGAUAUCCUUGAUUGAGCGCUUCUAUGAGCCACUUGCUGGACAUAUACUUUUGGAUGGAAAUGAUAUCAGGGAACUUGAUCUGCAAUGGCUUAGACACCAAAUUGGUCUUGUCAAUCAAGAACCCGCACUUUUUGCUACAAGUAUCAGAGAAAACAUUUUGUAUGGAAAAGACGAUGCUACUCUUGAUGAGAUCACUCGUGCAGCCAAACUAUCAGAGGCCAUCUCUUUCAUUAAUAACUUGCCAGAGAGAUACGAUACUCAGGUAGGUGAGAGGGGAAUUCAGUUAUCUGGGGGCCAGAAGCAAAGAAUUGCAAUAGCACGUGCAUUAGUGAAAAACCCGUCAAUACUUCUACUUGACGAAGCUACAAGUGCACUUGACGCAGAGUCUGAGAAGAGUGUGCAGGUUGCACUUGACCGUGUCAUGGUAGGUCGAACAACCGUGGUUGUGGCACACAGGCUGUCCACAGUUAGGAAUGCAGACAUCAUAGCAGUUGUCCAAGGCGGAAAAAUAGUGGAAACUGGAAGCCAUGAUGAGCUAAUUUCUAAUCCAGACAGUGCAUAUUCAUCACUAAUUCAACUCCAAGAUACGGCCUCCUCACUGCCACAUCUUUCCCGGGGGCCAACCAUGGAACGACCUUUGAGUGUGAAAUAUUCCCGAGAGCUAUCUUAUAGUACAAGUAUUGGUGCCAGUUUCCGUUCUGAUAAGGAUUCAAUUCGAGAAGACGGCCCAGAGACUGUCAAAUUGGUGAAGAAAGUUACAUGGGGUAGACUUAUUUCCUUGGUGGGGCCUGACUGGAUCUAUGGGGUCUUUGGUACCAUAUUUUGUUUAAUGGCUGGAGCGGAGAUGCCUCUUUUUGCUCUCGGAGUUACACAGGCAUUGGUGUCAUAUUAUGAAGUGUGGGAUGUCACACAGACUGAAAUCAGGAAGAUUGCUCUGCUAUUUUGUGGGGGUGCUGUAGUUUGUGUCUUUAACCAUGGUCUUGCACACACUUGCUUCGGAAUUAUGGGAGAGCGACUUACCCUGCGAGUGCGAGAAAAAAUGUUCUCAGCUAUAUUGAGUAAUGAAAUUGGGUGGUUCGAUGACUCAAAGAACUCAAGCUCAAAUCUUUCAUCUCGUCUAGAGAGUGAUGCAACUUUGUUGAGAAGCAUUGUUGUUGACCGGACAACAAUUCUGCUCCUCAACUGUGGAUUUAUCAUCACUGCCUUCAUUAUUGCAUUCAUGUUGAACUGGAGGUUAACUCUUGUAGUUCUGUCGAUGUAUCCAUUAAUUAUUAGUGGUCAUUUUAGUGAGAAACUUUUCAUGCAAGGAUAUGGUGGCAACUUAAGUAAAGCAUACCUUGGUGCUAAUAUGCUUGCUGGUGAAGCUGUUGGCAAUAUCAGAACUGUUGCCGCAUUCUGUGCAGAACAAAAGGUUCUUGAUCUGUAUGACCGUGAACUUCUCGAGCCUUCUAAACGUGCAUUUAAACGUGGUCAAAUUGCCGGGAUCUUUUAUGGUGUCUCGCAAUUCUUCAUCUUCUCUUCAUAUGCCCUUGCUUUAUGGUAUGGAUCUAUUUUAAUGGGAAAGGGAAUAUCGGGGUUUAAAUCUGUCAUGAAGUCAUUUAUGGUUCUUAUAGUGACGGCAUUAGCCAUGGGUGAAACUUUGGCAAUGGCACCAGAUCUGCUAAAAGGAAACCAGAUGGUUCAAUCAGUUUUUGAGGUGCUAGACCGAAAGACCGAGGUGAAAGGAGAUUCAGGGGAAGAACUAACCAAGGUCGAAGGAUCUAUUGAACUGCGUGGAGUUGAAUUCAGCUAUCCGUCUAGGGCAGAUGUGCUAGUUUUCCAGGACUUCAAUCUCAAAGUUCGCGCAGGAAAAAGCAUGGCGUUGGUUGGACAGAGUGGCUCAGGCAAGAGUUCAGUGGUUGCUCUUAUACUUCGGUUUUAUGAUCCAACAACAGGGAAAGUGAUGAUCGAUGGCAAGGACAUUAGGAGACUGAAGCUAAAAUCUUUGAGAAGGCACAUAGGUUUAGUCCAACAAGAACCAGCUCUAUUUGCAACAUCAAUAUACGAAAACAUCCUCUACGGAAAAGAGGGAGUAACUGAAUCUGAAGUAAUCGAGGCAGCUAAACUCGCGAAUGCACACAGUUUCAUAAGCAGCCUUCCCGAGGGAUACAACACCAAGGUCGGCGAAAGAGGGGUGCAACUCUCAGGUGGGCAGAAACAGAGAGUGGCAAUUGCAAGGGCGGUGUUAAAGAAUCCGGCCAUAUUGCUUCUCGAUGAAGCAACCAGUGCCCUCGACGUGGAGUCCGAGCGGGUGGUGCAACAGGCACUCGACAGGCUAAUGAAGAACCGGACCACGGUUGUGGUGGCUCAUCGGCUAUCCACCAUUAAAAAUGCAGAUCAAAUAUCAGUUAUACAAGAUGGUAAGAUUGUAGAACAGGGAACUCAUUCGAGUCUUGUAGAAAAUAAGAGUGGAGCUUAUUGUAAGCUUAUCAAUUUACAGCACCAACAGCAGCCCUCGACACUACAAUGAUGAGGAAGGUAUUAUAUUAGAGGUGAUCAAAAUUCGGCCUGGGCCGAGAUUUAACACACAAAAUCAAGCAAAAACCCAGAAACGGGUUUCUCAGGCCGGGCUCGGGUUUUGGUUUAAAAUGCAUAUUUUAGGCAACCCAAACCCGUGCUUGUUCGGGUCGGGCCGAUGGGAUAUAGUUGAUCAGGUCUAUAUUAUAUAUUCUCUUUGCGGUUGAGUGGUAUAUUAUCCAAUUUUUAUUUUUUUGGGUGGAUCCUGAUAUUGGUUCUGAUCAUAAUAUAGGUGUAUAGAUUUUAACUUCUAAAGUUGCAUAAUGAUUAAUGAAGAAGGCAAGAAGCCAAUUGUUGCAUA